GAAGAGCCGAAUUUCAUCAUCGUUAAGCUUUGCUAUAUAAGCUAUCCUAGAUUGCUCCACAUCCCAUAACAGUCACCAUUUUCAAACUCGAUCUCCUGCCAUUGUUGACAAAGAAAAACCAUGAACACCUUGGAAGGAAGAGGGUUCACAGAAGAGCAAGAAGCUGUGGUGGUGAAGUCAUGGAAUGCAAUGAAGCCUAAUGCUGGAGAGUUGGGUCUAAAAUUCUUCUUGAAGAUAUUUGAGAUUGCACCAUCAGCUCAGAAGCUCUUCUCUUUCUUGAGAGACUCAAAUGUUCCUCUCGAACGAAAUCCAAAGCUUAAGUCCCAUGCCAUGUCUGUCUUUCUGAUGACCUGUGAAUCGGCAGUGCAACUCCGGAAAGCCGGCAAAGCUACCGUGAGAGAGUCAAGCUUGAAAAAGUUAGGUGCUGUCCACUUCAAGCAUGGGGUGGUCGAUGAGCAUUAUGAGGUCACAAAGUUUGCGCUGCUGGAAACUGUCAAGGAAGCGGUGCCAGAAAUGUGGUCACCGGAGAUGAAGAUUGCAUGGGGAGAAGCUUAUGAUCAGUUGGUUGCUGCUAUCAAAUCUGAAAUGAAGCCUUCUUCUUAGACUUUUUGAAUUUAAAUAAGCAUAUAUAUAUAUAUAUAUAUAUGAAUAAUCUCUUUCCUCGAGGAAAUUGAGUUUUAAAUAAUCUGUUAUUUAAAUGAUAUUGUAAGCUUUUGAGGUCA